CCACGGAGACCGACUAAGUCUACUGUGAGUCUACUGUGAGAAAAAGAAGAGUUUUGAGAGUAUAUUUAGGCACCUGGAAGAGGACGAGGUCUGUGGUCUGGUUACAUUUGCUCACCAAUAAGUAAGUAAGAAAUGAGUGAAGAAGAAAAGGAAGGUUCAUGUGAUGUGACGUCAGACAGCAGUGGACUGCUGGGUGUCCACCUUAGCUCUGAUCAUGACACUGAGGAUGAAGUGUCAGACCAGGAGCUUCCUCUUCCUCCUGAUUUGGAUUGGUUAGAUGAGUUAACUGAAGAGGAUGAUGGUGAGUGUGACUUUAAGGUUGGAGCUGAUUAUGGUAAGAAGAGGAGUUAUGCCGAGACUGCACGGAUGUUCAAGCUGAGGCGGAACCUGGACCAGCUGGACUCUUUUCACCAACAGAAGGAGCAUGACGUGCUGAAAGCCAGGGAGGCUCUGAACCUGUGUUGCCAGAAUAUUAAAAGUUUGCUGGAGCAGAGGGAUAACUUGGAGGAUGAGAUAGAGCAACAGAAAGCAGCAGACAACAGCGUGGCUGUGUUUCGUUUACGAGCCCAGCAUAAGAAUUUGUGUCAAAAGCUGCGGAGUGAAGAGGAGUUGGAAGGCCACAUCAACACUGAGCUGAAGCAGCUGGAACUGGAGCUGAGUAAAGUGGAGCUCGAGCUUGGCAAGUUCUCGUCACUUCGGCAGGAGGUGCAGGAAGAAGAGCGAGUCUUCCAGAUCCUUAAGGCCCAGAAGGCAGCAACAAGGCUGCAGCAGGAGAGGGAAGCCGGCCAGAACCUGCAGCUCAAGAUGCAGCAUCUCAGAGAUAAACAAUCAGCGAUGAUGAGGAAAGAGGAGCAAGAGAGUCAGAAGAAAUUUGAAGAGAGCCAGGCACACCGCAAGACAGCUGCCAAGUACCUGAAGCAGUCCACGAGAAGGAUCCAUCAGCAAGAGGCGGAGAAGGAGCAACAGAACCAGCAGUUACUGGAGAAGAGGAUACAGGCUGUCGAGUCACUGAAAUCUAACAUCGCAGCCGCACAAGAAACCUUACGGGUCCAACAAAUCAGAGUUAAAGCAAAUGCCCAGAAGAAAGAAAAGCAACAGAGACAACUGAAAGAAUCCCUGCAGACCCAAGACAUCACCAGUAUCAAGCAUAUGUACCAACAGAAAAAACAAGAGGAGAUAAAACAAAAACAAUUGGAAUUCAAAGAGAGACAGCAGUCAAAGAAGGGGGAGAUUGUGGCAAAAAUGCUUCAGGAGGAACAACUGGUAAUGAGCAGUAAGAGGCAUCAAGCAAAAAUGCCUAAACCUUCAACCGCUGACAGGCUGCCAUCUCCAGGGAAGGCAAGAGAGAAUCUCCUGCACUACCUGGAUCCCAGCCCCCCAUCACCCACAGAGGAGAGAGCCACAGUUCAGUCAAGACAGUUCAGUGACACCAGCCGCUCAUCGUCAGCUUCCUCUAACGAUGAGGACGCGGAGGACACCACACAACAGGAAGUGGACCACCAGAGGCUCACUGACAGCUUGGCUGAGCCUGAAUUCUGUGGGCUGUGGGACCAGAACUACAAGAUGCUCCCAAAUGAGAAGACUGCAGUGGUGCAAACAAAAGUACAGGUGGAAGAACCUGCAUUGGCAUGUGGAAAACCCAGCGUACCAGCUAAGAAAGGUCAUGGAAAAGAGUUGAAAACGGCUCCAUUCACCAGCAAACCAGAGGUCAUCCUCUUCAAGGACUUUGAAGUGGGGCAAACGUAUAAGAAGAAAAUUGUGCUGACAAAUGUCGGCUACACAACGAACCACUGCAAGCUUCUGGGAAUGUGCACAAGACUGACGGAUUUCGUCUCUAUCAACUUUGAGUCUCCAGGUUUUUUAUCUGCUGGGAUGUCCUGUGAACUACAGGCAGUUUUUCAACCUAUGAUUAACGAGGACAUGGAUGGACACAUCCUGUUUACAUCUGGAGCAGGUUCCUUCUCUGUGCCUGUCCGAUGCACCACCAAGAAAUGUGAACUGGAGGUUGACAGCCAGUUACUUGACUUUGGUUCACACGUGGUGGGCCAGACUAUUUCACGGACUAUCACCUUGAUGAACAAGGGUGCACUGGGCACCCUCUUCAGCCUGGACACGUCCACAUGUCUCAUUCCAGAAACUCACUAUGUCCAGACGCCAUUACCAGUCCCUGCUGUCAUAUGCCAGGAGACAAAUGAUCAAAGCACAACAUCCAGCAGUCAGAAUAGCUCCACGUCCACAUCCAUGUCCACGUCCACAUCCACGGACACUGGAGAAAUCCAACCACAGCCAGACCGUCAGGAGCCGGCUGAGGCAACACAGAAUGAGAAAUCAAAUGAAGGAACAGAAGCUGUUGGUGGAGCUCGUCUGUUGACUGUUGUCGAAGCGCAGGCUGACGAGAGCGUCCAAGACUCCAGUGAUAUAAGUCUGGGAAAUGUUCAAGAUGGGGAGAUUGGACCUUUUCAAAGCAUCAAACUGGAAGUUGUUUUCACUCCAACUGUUCCAGGAGAGGCCAAACUGGGCUUCCUCAUCAAGUUCUCGCACCCAUCCAGCAAACCAAUACCCGUCCAGGUGAGGGGAAUCGCAGUCAGCAUUCCUGUGUGGGUGAUUCAGCCCAACAUUGAUCUGAAGAUCUGUAUGUUCGACUGCUUAUAUCAAGACACCAUCACAGUCCAAAGCAGAGCCAGCACAGCGCUGAAGGUGACCUUUGAGGUGUGCCCGGAAAUGAGGAAACACAUGGACAUCGUGCCAAAGACCGGCUUCAUCCAGGCCCAAUCCAGCUUUAACGCCCAACUCAGGUUCCUGCCCAGGCUCUCCCUAUCCAAAGAUGUCACGACGUGCUUUGACAGUGAUACGGGAGUCCUGGAGGUUCCGGCUGAAGUGCAAGUAGCAGGCCAGGUGCAGCCGGUCCAUUUAACAGUCCAUGCGGUGGUGACCUCCUCUGACCUGCAGUUUGAGAGCACUGAGGUGGACUUUGGCUACUGUUCCAUUUUCCAGUCAGUCAAGAGCAGCGUCCGCCUGACCAACAUGUCGUUACUGCCUCAGGACUUUGGCUUCUUGGACGCUCCGGAGUUCAUUGAGGUCCAGCCCAAUGACGGCUUUGGCACGCUGCUCCCACAAGAAACUCUGCAGAUUGAUCUGAUUUUCAGUCCCAGCAAGGUCAAAGACUACAAUUUCCAGCUCCACUGCAAGUCUGGAAUCAACAGAGAUUUCCUGCUGUCUUGCCGAGCAGUGGGCGUCCGCCCUCCGCUGGAACUCUCCCAUUCACUGGUAAAGUUUGGGGCCACAGCGUUAGGGGAUCACUCCACCGCCGUCCUUUACCUGAUUAACCCUCAAACCAGCCGGAACCAGUCCAAACCACCUGUCACAGCAGUGGCCAAGGACGCUUUGACUCCUGUAGCACCCCGGCUGUUCUCCUUCGUUCUUCCCAAGAAGUGUUCACACGUCAGCAUCGCCCCGUCCACGGGACGCCUGCUCCCGGGUGAGAAAUGCCUGGUUCAGGUGACGUUCAGGCCCAAGCUGCUGGAGCAAGAAAUCAAACGAGAGGUGAUACGUCUUCACCAGCAAGCCAGGUUACUCCGUGAGAGGGAGUUGAAUCUGAUAAAAGAGCAGGAGGAAAACAGCAAAAAAAAGAAAUCAUCUGCAAAACGCAGAAACAGCAAGAUGUCAGACGAACAAAACACAUAUGAACAAAGCGAGUCACCAAAACCUGACGACUUGCAGCAAGGGUCGGAGCAGUAUGAGAAGGCCAGGACCUCUCUGCUCUACUCCUACACUCAGCGCUACAACGAGCACAUCGUCCCCUGCUUCAUAUCAGAUGGAGACCCGCCUGAGGAAGACAGACAAGCCCAGCCCACAUGGAGUCCCUUCAAUGCGCUCUACUUGAAGCUACAGUGUCCCGUUGUCCGGCCCGCUCUCAUGGUGACGUCCGACAAUGGUCAAACCAUCGUAGACUUCCGUCGGGUGUCAGUGGGUGAGACGAUGAUAAAGAGGUUUACAGUUCAGAACAUUUCAGACGAAUCGUUGCAGAUGAGGACGUCAGUGCUGGAUACACUGGGUCCAUUUUCCAUCCUCAAUGCCCUCAGAGUCAUAAGACCUGGAGGAAAGAGAACUCUGGUUCUGGCCUUCAGUCCUGCUGAGGAGAAAAAGCACUGUGAGAUUCUGGAGAUCAACACCACUAAAAUGAGCCUGGAGCUGACUCUGUGUGGGGAGGGUGUGUUCCCCACCGUCACAUCGUCUCACCCUGGAGGACUUCUCGACUUUGGCUAUGUGUUUGAGAAGGAGAGGAUCUCACAGGUCGUACAGUUGCGGAACAGCUCGGUGGUGGAAGUAGGUUUCAGGACGCUGUUGGCCAGUCUGUCUCUGUCCAGACCUCAGGAUGGAGUCGAUACUGUGGACAUCCUGCUGGGCAGUUACACGGACUCUCAGGUCCAGCCUACUGUAGGAACUCAGAACUACAGUGGGCUGAGCGUGUUCAGCGUAGUGCCAGGAGAGGGCAGCAUUGCUCCAGGACAGAGUCAGAACGUCACUAUCACCUUUCAGCCUGACCAUCCGUCUGUCAACUACUCUGACAAACUCACCAUUGAGCUAAUGAAUAAGAGUAAAGUGUGUGUGAUGGAUCUGAAGGGUGCGGCCUCUUCACAACACAUGUAUUUACAUGGAGGGGACGUGCUGACCGUGCCCAUUGAAUCUCUUCUCCCUCCACUCCCAGCGGCACCAGGGGAGAAGGGCAUCCCUGUACUGGUGACCUUGUGCGCUCGCUCCAGCGGGGGUGCUGUCAUACCUGCAGUGAGGGAGCUGCAGGUGGGAUGCGUCUGUACCACACAGCACAGUAAGAAGAGUGGUGAGUUUUCCUGGGAUGAUGUGGGCUCCCUUCAAGAACAAGGCUUCAGUGUGGAGCCCAGCAAAGGUGCUGUGGAGUCAGGCCAGAUAUGCACCAUCACAGUCACGUGGACUCCUCAGAGUGGGUACAAGCCCUAUGAUGUGGUGCAGACGUGUGUGUCUCUGACCCUGAGGGGAGAUGAGAGGUACAUUUACAAAGUCACCUUGAUGGCUUUGGUCUCCUACUCUGCUGAGUGACCUCUGCAGCACCUGGACCACGGCCAGUGUGGGGAACUGGUGUCAUACACACACACACACACAAAGAUACUGAAGAUGGAACCAACAUCAAUGAGAGACGGAUUAUUUAUGACUUGAUUAUUGUUAUUAUAUUGUAACAGCACUGCACUGUUUGCCUAUUACUUUAAAUAUACAUUUUAACAUUUUAUUAGUCACUUUUAAGGUGAUCCAUGAACUGGUUUGGAUCUAUAUCAGAUAACUUUUAACCUCAUACUCACACUAUACAACCACGGGUAAAGACUAAUAAAUAAAUAUAGACAUAUAUAAUAUGAUAAAAUAGGAACGAGGCAGUGCAAUAGAAAGGCAAAUUGACUAGCUCAUCCUGAGUUGAAUGCCAAGGAGACGAGGUGUGUUUUAGGAGGGACUCAUCUGUGAAUUGUUAAACCGUCCCAUCUGGGAGCAGCUACUGAAAUCACCUCUGGUUUCAUGCCUUGUUCUAGGAACAUCCAAGAGCAACUGGUUUGAGGAUCACGUGAUUCGGGCAGGAGUUUAGAGAUGUAUUAAGUUCCAUAAAUUGAUUGAGUCCAGCCCAUUUCAAACCUUAAAAACAAGCAAUAAAAUCUUAAAAACAUUCCUGAACCAGACAAUUUAUGCUGCUUUUUUAUCCCUUUUAUAUAUAUUUAUACAUUAGUUUAGUGAUUAUUUAUUUGUUACAUUGACCUAAUGUGUGUAAUUAUGAGUUUUUGUUGAGUUUACCUCAACAAAACACUCUAUCUGUUUCCAUUGUCAGCGCUUGGCUGAAUGGACCUAAUUUCACCACCGGGGGGAGCAGGCAAUGCCAAGGAAGCCACUGGUUAAUGUGAGUUGACUGAUGUAAACCAGCAAAUGUGUACAGUACAUACUGUAUCAUCACUGGUACUGUAACUGUACACCUGUAGUUAAAAGAGGUAUAGAGUUCAUUUAAAAUAUAUAUGUUAUUGUUUUACAUUAUGAAUAAUAGUGAAAAUAUUAUAACUACAUUGUUGUUAUUAGUAGUAUUAUUAUUAUUAUUAUUGAUUCCACUAAAACCUCUUCAGAAACUGCCAUCAAAGUGCUGAAUCAUCCUCUUGUACAUCACUGACAAUAGAUAAUUCCACAACCCUGAUAAUGAACAUAGUGGAACAAACUUAAUUCCUGUUUGUUUGUUUUUUGUAUCAUUUUGUUUCGUAUAAUUAUGAGCUGUACACAACAGCAUUGGACAGAUGGUACAAUUGGACGUGUUGCAUGGAAAUGAACUUACAAAUGGCACAGCACACAAUAACCUGAAAAUGAAAAGAUGAGAAAAGAAAAACAGUUACAAGAAUAAACCAAAACAGAUGCUCUUCUUUAGUUAUAGACAGGAACACAGCCACAGGUCACCAAUAUAAAUGCACACAGGUGUUGUUGUGACUAUGGGCCACUGGUGGCUGACUGCUCCUCCCCCAACAACCUCCUCCACAAAACGCUCCCAUAGCCUUAACGGUAACCAGUUUAUGCCAGUUAACUCUAAUCAUAAUCUAACCACAAUUCAAAUCUUAAUGAAAAAUACAGUGGAACCAGUUCCUCAGAAAUUAGGUUCUGGACUAGGUUUUGGUCUCUAGGAAGGUCAAUGUUUAUGCCAAAAAAAAAAUACACAAUACACACACUCCGAGCCAUCUUCCUUUCUGAUUCCUGAAAUAAAUAAAUGAAAAAUAGAAGAUAAUUGGUGCCUAUUUAAUUUAUUAUUGAGUAAUUUUUCAAAGUAGUCUUCGAAAGAUACAUUAUUUUAUAGAUGAAUGGAUUAUUAUGUUCAUGCAAGUUCCCAGUAACACUUAAUUUAAACUCCUAUUAAUUAACAUAUACUGUUGUCAAACUAAAGAUGUAGUGUGUCAUGUUUGCUCCUUUAAAGAACAUACACAGUUACUUGACCUUACUAUUUGAGCUACUCACCCAUUUUACUAACCAACUUAAUUAUCUAAAUCUUAUUUUGCUCAUUAUUCCAGAUGCGUAUCCAGACUGUCUGUCCAUAUUACUUUAGCGCUGACUCGUUUCCAUGCAGUCUUAUUUGCAACGUGUGGUUUGGAUUUGGUUAAGUACACUCGCUAACUUUGACAAUGCAUUCUGACAAUUUGUAAUCCUAUUUGAAUGCAUAUGUUAUGAACUCAAAUCUGCUUCCUUUUUUUUUCCUGCAUUUCUCCGUCAUAUUAAACCGGGUCUUGCUCAGUCCUGGUGUAUGUGAACUACUGUGUGUGUGUCCUUGUGUGUGUGUGUUCUUGUGUGUGUGUGUACAACAGCAGAUGUCACUAAUGCCUCAACACGGACCAAUAGGGUCUGACCUCUCUCAGAGAUACAUGCUGUAAGCAUUUAUCAGAGAUUGUAGGAGAUUAUGUUAAAUCAGAUUAGUGUACCCCAACCUGCCUAUUAAAAGCAAGGUCAUUAUGAGCUUAGCCUCGUGUAAUGUCAAUCGUUUUAUGAGACGCGCUACAUCAUAUUAAGCAAUAUUUGUGUUGCUGUUUUGCCUAUUUUUUUCUAAUCUGAUUUCUCCUCUGAUCUCUGGCUAAUACCGCAAGAUAGUGCUACUUACGCUCCACCAUCGAGUGGUGUCUCUCGCUCUCUCUGUCGGCUUGUGUUGUCUGUUAGUGUGUUAGUGAAUGCGACUUGAAUAAAUCAAUGCUGUAAAAUGCUCGU